AUGUUAUUUAUAUUAAUUUCUAUACUUUUUAUUAUUCUGUAUUCUUUUAGUGAAGAAUGGAUUAUUCAUAUAUAUAUAUAUAUAUAUACACAUACAGGCAAUGAACAUUUGGCUGGAACUGAUAGUAAUAUUUUUCUUCGUUUAUUUAAUUCAAAAUAUAGUUAUACUCAUAAAUAUAAAUUAAAACAUGAUGAUUGGAAAUAUUAUUUUUCCAUUGAAAAAUCUAUUUGA